UUCUUUUCACAAACCCUUUAGGACAAAAACAACAAACACAUCUCUCGAUUUGUCUUUACAAUCUUGUCUUGACUUCGGUUCUUGCUCAAUUCCGACAUGGAUGCAGACUUCUUCUCAACUGACUUCUCACUCGAAAACAUCGAUUUCGACUUUAAUAUUCACGAAGAAAUGAAUGUAACACCGGUUGAAGCAAGCAUGCAUACACAAAGAGCUCAUUAUUCAUCUAGUUUUGAUCAUCAAAUGAAUCUUGAUUUCCUCAAAGAAAAGCCAAAGCCUGCGGUGAAGGAGAUGAUGAACAUCAACAACAAAUCACGAGUUAUUUCUUUCGAUUUCUCUAGUAAUGUUUCUUCUUCUCCAGCUGAGGAAGACAUUAUUAUGGAUCGAUUGGUUAGCUGUGGAAGCAAAAGAAAAGCAUGUUCUUCUGCCACAAGAUCUCCGGUUCUCGCAAAAGAACAUGUUAUGGCCGAGAGAAAGCGUCGUGAGAAGCUUUCCGAAAAAUUCAUUGCCCUCUCAGCACUUCUUCCUGGUCUUAAGAAGGCAGACAAGAUUACAGUUCUUGAUGACGCGAUUUCACGUGUGAAACAACUCCAAGAACAAAUAAGAAAGCUCAAGGACGAGAAAGAAGCAAGAAGAGAAAUGGAAUCCAUGAUUCUUGUGAAGAAAUCUAAAGUGUUUUUCGAUGAGGAACCUUACGUAGCAUCUUCUUCUUCUUCUUCUUCUUCAUGUCAUGCGAAAUUUGAUCAACUAUUACCAGAAAUCGAGGCUAAAGUAGUUCAAAAGGACGUUCUAAUCCGAAUCCACUGCGAGAAGAGCAAAGGGUGCAUGCUUAACAUACUAAACACGAUUGAGAAUCUUCAGUUGCGCAUUGAAAAUAGUAUUGUAUUGCCAUUCGGAGACUCUACCCUUGAUAUCACAGUCCUUGCACAGAUGGAGAAAGAUUUUUCAGCGAGUGCACUUAAAGAUCUUAUAAGGAACCUGAGACUCUCAAUGGUUUAGUCCCCUUUGAAGUUUUAUCAACCGACUGUUCAUUAUACCAAUGGUUCAGCUGUAGAACGAUACUUUUAUCUCUAUUUGAUACCGUUUUAUACUAUAAUGUUUUCACUAUAAAGUUUAUUUCACACGUACAGUUCACGUGUGUUUGGUGUAUGUUGUAGGUGAAGUUAUGUCUUCCUCAGUGCGUGAAACUAAAGGGGUUAUUUUCGACAACUA